GCGACUAUGCCCUUCACCUCGUUGUGGUUUUUGUUGUCGGCAAGUGUUGUGUUGGUUUGGCUGAUUAGGUUUCUUUCCAUGUCAUGCAUCCGGUAUAUAACCAGCACAUUUUCGGGUCAAUGCUGUAAGAUCAGUUGCUCACCUGCACCAAGGAUUGUUUAUAAUGGGAAGCGAAACAAUGGACCUCGCUCUCCGACUAACACUGCCCCACCGGAGAUUUACACUCCAGCACAUGAAGAAAAUGUCAGAUUUAUACAUGAAGCUUGGCAGUGUGUGGAACAGGAACUGAGGAGCCAGCUGUCAGGAAAUGAGCGAGGCCCUGUCCAGUACGUAGAGAAGAAUCCAAAUCCAAAUCUGAACAAUUUCACACCCGUGGACUUGAGUGAUUUAAAGAAGAGGGGCAUGUCAGAUGCUAAAAAGUCUUAAGGGCUCUGCGUUGGCUGGAUUUGAUCUUUCCUUCAACAUCCUCAGGAGCUUCUUUUUGAAGUUUGUUUUCUUUGAUCUCUGGCUUGGAGAGGGAAUCCAGAGCCUACCCACUUUCUUCCACCAGAAUGGAUGUCUUGUCAGUUACCUUUAACUGACCUGAGGAUGCAUGCAGUUGGCAUGUGUUUAAAAAAAAACUUGAGUUUGUAGAUGGUGCUAAUUUUAACUGAUUUAUUUUCCAUCUGUUUCUUCUCCAUUUCUGUCGAGAGCUGUGCUCCAUUUGACAUGUUAUGGCCACAAUUCAGACUCUGUGGUGUCCUGAGGAGUAGGAGAUGCCCUCAGGAGGCAUUGUUUAGAAACCCUUCACACUCUGCACUGAUUGUAAGUUUUCUCCAUAACUUGUUUGGCAUUGACGGGCAGGCUGGAUGCUCAGAAAGAUUGUGAUUGGGGUGGAGGCUGGAGGCUGUGGGACAGGAAGUAGCCUAGCGAGUGAAGCAGUAUCCUCUGUGACUAAGAUUUAUUUGUUUAACAAUGCCAUUGCCGCAGCCAGAGGUUGAGAAUGGAUUUGAUGGAACAUUCUGUUUGACUCGCACUGAAUGGAGCCAGUUAAUAAUGUGGGAAAACGAACAGCCCAUGUUAAACAGCUGGGCUUAAAACAGUGAACUGUGUGAUGGGAUCAUAAACUGUUUUCUGCAGACAGAGUAUAAGUUUGAGUCAUUUUAGGUUUGUAUUCCAGAGGUUGCUUUCAAAUGAGUCUUUAACUAUUUUUAAAAUGAAAAGUGGGGGUAGGGGGCAUGUUGGGGGGGGGGGGAGGGGGGGGGGCGAUUUCAGAAUAAUUUUGUUUUAUUUUUUAAAUUUUGUAUUUUCCACAUUCCUGUUUUCUCCACAAUAUAUGAUAAACAUUGUCAGGUCUGGGUGAGUGAGAAUGCAGGCUGGUCUGCAGAUUUUAUUGUCUGAACUCUCUGCCUCCCACUCUCGCCUGGUGCGCUUUAUGCUCUCCAGUCAAUAAAGUGGCAGACCUCAUACUGAAUACUACAGGGGAAUUUGAUUAUCCUUUAUCCUGGGACCAUGAAUCUAUCACUCUUUCUGAUGGGCGGUUGGCACUUGACUGGUUAGAAACCCAGGUUUCCCCCCCCCCCCCCGCCCCCCAGGAGUCAUCCAGCUUUCUAAACAGUGGGUCUCUCUCAUUCAGACGGUGCCAGAAUCUAAGCUUCCAAAUAGAUUGGCCCAAGCCUUUCCUUCACCAGCUGCAUUCUGGGCGUGAAAGGGUUAAGCAUAGUAACCCUCCCUGUGAGACCGGAAUUAUUACUGAUGUUGGCAACUUAUCUAAUUGAUGGAAAAGUAUGUAUCAGAAUCAGUACUCCAUUACAGUAUCGAUACAUCACAUUCGAGAGCUAGAAGGACAGUGUUCAUGAGAGGAACUGUACAAUUUCAUGAACUUCCCGAUGCAUAAGUGGGGAAGUGUUGUAAAUAAAACUUGCCUUCCAUUUA